UGGUGCUUGCGAAUUGAAUUUUGUCAAAUGUCAAGCUCAGUGUCUGCAUCGAAGCAACCAAGCGCAGUAUAAAUUCUGAAGAACAUCUUCUCUAUCGUAAAGAAAACCUGGGCUUUGGGAGAGACGGAUUUUCAAAAAGUCAAAUGCUGUGGUAGCUCCCGGAUCGGAGCGUCUUGUCCCGUGAAACGUGUCUACAGCAGUACAGUCCAUACGUCUACAAUUCAGUGGAAAGACCUAUCAUUCACCUUCCCUAUAUCAUUUCCCCUUGAGUGCGUGAGUGUUGCCCGGAUUCACGCCAGCCCGUCACCACUGCAACUGUCUAGAAGCUAGUAGAGCUAGGGCAUUGGAUGAACACCGUGACGUUGCCGAGUCUGCCAAAUCGGACCAGUGCAGGACGUAGCAGCAUGGCAGCGUGGAUGCUGUUCUUGUACGCAGGUGUGGCGGUGCUGGCCACGACCUGCAGACAGUGCCAUGCAACAGGAUACUACGUUGAUUGGGCACAGCCGGGAAAGGAAGCGGAUAAACUCGGACAAAGGCCAGGGACGGAAGGGGUCGUCGAUACAGGCGUAGGACCAGGGGUGAAAGGUGCUUUUGUCGGGCCAGUUCAGCGGCUGCAGGAAGCAGCAGAUAAAGAUGCUCCAUGUGACAUGCCAGCAUCAAUCACAGGCGGAGAGAGGACAUGGUCAGGGCUUCAAGUUGGAGACAAGGUAUUCUAUCAAUGCAACACCGGUUUCAAGCUAGUUGGAGAGUCCGAAGCAGAAUGUGAAUUCAAUCAGAUUUGGUCCAACCCUCCACCAACCUGUGAAGCAGAGAUCGAGUGUCCCCCGCCAACUGGUAUCAUGAAUGGCUGUGUAUACUACACAGGAACACGGGUAGGAUCUAUGAUCAUGUACAAAUGUGAUCCUGGAUACCAGAGGAGCGGUCGCAUGCGUGUCACGUGCCAAUCAUUUGGUCAGUGGUCCCAUGGUCCACCGACCUGCAAUCGCCGUCGCCGUCUUUCAUCCUCUGCCUCUAAUGCUGCCAGUGCCAAUGGUCGUCAUCGCAACAACAAGCGUACCGGAAGCCGGAGUGAUGAGUAGUAGGCUAAAGCUAGACGAGAUGAUUAUAAAACUACUGGCGUGUACAAUCUGAGACACAUUCUAAGUUUAAAUAUUAACAUUUACUCAAGUAAACCGUCAGGAAGUGCCCAGGUGACCAGGUUCGAGUCCUGGUAGAGUUGGCAUUUUCCUCUUUAAAAAAAAACACUUCACUUCCCCUGACAGUUUACAUUGAAUUUGAAGUUCUCCCAAUCCUUUCACAAUAUUAUUUUUAAAGUUUUACUCAAGUAGGUAUUGUAUAGUACAUGUAGUAGAGGUGAUGGUAACUAUGUUAUGCUGUUAUUACCUAUAAUAAUGUCUCCCUUGUGACUGCUGCAAAAAGGAGAGGAUGGACUUUCCUUGCUACGCGGUGUUGUGCUAGUCCAGUCAUGUAGUUUGACUUGUUUCAAAAGUCUGAUAAGUAACUGCAUGUUGUCAUGCCAACUUCUUGAAGCUAAACCUACCAUUAGCCUUUCUCGUGCACUGGCUUUUAAGAUUUCUGAUAACAUCUGUCAUAAUGAGGUCAUCAUUACAAUGUAGUGGCAUUUAACAUUUGAACAGUGGUGCUCUCAUAGCCAUUGCCCUUAAUUCAUCUUGCAAUAUCCCCUAUAUAAUCAUUUUGGCGAAUCCUGACAAAAUCCCUGAUUCACAAAAUGAUGUACUUGUAUAGCGUACUGUGUAUGAUCAGCCACUCUCCUGUGAAAUGUGCUGUCUUGGGUAAUGAAUACAAAUGAACUGA